GCCUGCGUGUCGUGCCUCAUCUCUAUACUCUGGAUGCAAUUCUCUUCUUUACCUCAAAUAUUCUUUUCUCUCGAAAAUUAUAAGAAGAUAAGAAGACGAAGUCCGUUCGUGAUAGAGAAUCCUAAGGAAGACGUGAUGGGCCGGAGAUAGAGAUCUCUUGAUCAAGGCGUUGUCGUUUGUUUUUCUUUAGGAGCCACAAUCAUUUCACGUUUACUUAUUAUGCAUGUGAUGUAUGAUUGAAUGUAUGCAUGUAUGUGAUUUUCGCUAGUGCAUACGCGCGGUGUAUGCCAUAGACAAGACUGCGUUACAAAUCCCUCAUAAUUUUAAGUCUAUGCCACCCCGACGCCCCGUCACUCGUCAAACCCAAUUUAGAUCGGUAACGGACUCACCCAAGUGAGAUGCCCGGUUUACGUUGGUUAGGCGCGAAACCCGUAACUAGGGUACUGACUCGCCCCGGGUUAGUCUUAACUAAGUCUUGGUCAUAAGGAUGAGAGACUUAGGGCACUGCGGUAGGAUCAAUAAAUAAAAUCAGAUCAUCCAACCAGAGUUGUAAAUUGUUACAAUUGGAAUUUAUUCCUACGAGAAAUAAUUUAACUGUAGGGCAAGAUGCAAAGCACAACUAUAGUUAAAUGAAAUAUGGAUCUGGCCCAAUUAAGAAUUUUAUUUAAAAGAAUCCAUCGAACCAAGAGUUGUAAUAACGAUUGCAAUUAGAAUGAAUUCCUACCUAAAUAAUUUAACUGUAGGGCAAGAUGCAAAGCACAACUAUAGUUAAAUAAAAUAUGGAUCUUGGCCCGCUAGGGUAUUCUUCAAAUAGAAACCCCAAGUCAAUAAGUUUCGUACCUGAGGGUAGUUGACUUGUUAGAAAUAGUGGGAGAGUAUUUAAUAAAGACCUAUUAGAUACUUAAUUCAUGAUAAUAACUACCUUCGCAAAAUUCUGUAGAUGGCAAACAACAACACAAACAACCUCGCCCUGCGUUCCAUUCUGGAUAAAGAUAAAUUGAACGGAACAAACUUUGUUGACUGGCAACGCAAUCUCUCCAUUGUUCUCCGCAUGGAUGAGAAAGAGUAUGUGCUCGAAAAGCCCAUUCCUCCUGCCCCUCCCGCUAACGCCCCGAAAGCGGUCAAAGAUGCCUACGAGAAACACGUUAAGGAUGAUAACCAGGUUAGCUGUGUCAUGCUGGCUACCAUGAUACCCGAGCUGCAAAAACAGCACGAGGACAUGAAGGCCCACGAGAUGAUCGUGGCCUUGCGGCAGCUAUACCAGGGGCAAUCCAGGCAUGAACGUUUUCUCGUGAGUAAGGCUCUCUUUAGUUGCAAGCUCUAUUCAGGGAACCCGGUCGGUCCACACGUUCUCAAAAUGAUUGGUUACAUAACCAAUCUGGAGAAACUCGGGUUCUCCUUGCAGAAGGAGCUGGCAACGGACCUGAUCCUGCAGUCGCUCCCUGAGCUGUAUAAAGGUUUUGUCAUGAACUACAUGAUGCAUGAUCUUGACAAACCCCUUCCGGAGCUUCUUAAAAUGCUCCAGACUGCAGAGGAGAACCUUACUAAGGGCAAGAGUGCUUCCGUCCUUAUGGUCCAAGGCAGAAAGGGGAAGCCGAAGAAGGGGAUUAGGAUUAAGGCUAGGACGGUCGGAAAGCCUAAAUCGAAGUCCACUUCAUCUGCAACCCAAAAACCCAUAGGAGGAGUUGCAAAGGGCAAAUGUCAUCACUAUGGUAAGGCAGGCCACUAGAGAAGAAACUGCAAGACAUACCUCGCAACCAAGAAAAAGGAAGGUACGCCCAUUUCUUCUGAGGUGUAUGUUAUAGAAGUUAACAUGUCUAUAUCUUCAUCAUGGGUACUAGAUACUGGAUGUGGGUCUCAUAUCUGUACUACCAUGCAGGGACUGAAGCAGAGUAGACGGUUAGCUCGAGGCGAGAUUGAACCUUGAGUCGGCAAUGGUGCACCUGUUGCAGCUUUGGCAAUCGGAACUUAUAGUUUAGUCUUGUCUAGAGGUCUAAUGUUGGAAUUAAAUGAUUGCUUGUACG